CCAAACCUGCUAUGGAUGAAGAAUUUCUGAGGAUGUAUCCAAAAAAAACUGUAUCUGAACUAAGUGAAAUGGAAGAGGAAGGGGUUUUUGCUGUUUUUGGGGUGGUUAGUUCUAUUGUUCGUGGGGAGGAUUGGUGGUAUCCUGCAUGCAAGUGUCAUAAGUCUGUUAUUGCUGAUUCUGGGGCUUACUUUUGCAAUGGAUGCAACAAGCAUGUUUUUCAAGUUGUUCCAAGGUUUAGGGUGAAGAUUGCUGUGUCUGAUGGUGCUUCCACUUGUGUGUUUGUUCUAUUUGAUACUGAUAUGAGUUACAUUUUAGAGAAAUCUUGUGCUCAUUUUGUCGGAAGAUCCAAGGCUGCUCCUGAUGAUGGUUCAUACCCUGCUGAGUUUGAGCUUCUCGUCGGUAAGAAGAUGUUGUUCAUAAUUGAUAAGGGAAUGAAGGUUACUAGGAUUGAUGAUGGAACUUUUAGAGUGAAGCGUGUGUGUAUGGAUGCUAAGAUUAUUGGGAGUUUUGCUGCUGAGGGACCAUAUGUCACUCCUGUUAGGAAUGUUUCUCCAGUCAUUAAUCUUGAUUCUGAUGCUGCAUCUCCUGAUGUUGAUUUUGUUGAAGAAACCCAGCCACUUGCACUCUUGAAAAACACUGCUGUGACACCUCCUGGUCUAGGUUAUAGUCCAGUGAAAAAUGACAUUGUGGUGAACACUGUGAAAAGGAGCCUCUCCAGUUCUUUUGAUAGCGUUCAACCAGAUGAAAAGAAGAAGCGUCUAAGGAAGAUCAAGAUCGAGAAUGAAUGAAUGUUGGUCUUAUUUCAUCUGUUGUUGUUCCAUCAUUGGCAGUGUAAUCUAUGUGUUUUGUGUUCAUCCCAUUAUAUUGUUAGUCUUUUGUUGUGUUCUUUCCAAGGGCUUUUGAUAAGUGUUAGAUCUUAUUUGCCCAAUGUAGUUUCUAUGUUAUUUUGGUGCUAUAGUAGCCUCUUGUAUUUUAUUGAAGAAGUGGGAUUGCUGUAUGUUGGAAUCUAUGUACAUUAAAUGGUGGAAGUUUUAUAUGUGAAUGUGAAUUGCUGUUCAU